AUGGAACUAAUGAGGCGUGGUCGAGUUAUUUUACAAAGAAGAUUGCUCCCCUACUCGUCUUCGACCUCCGUCGGUGUGGCUUCCCCUGCAAAUCCUCGACCCCGUCUUCCUCGCCGAGCUGCAUCUACUGUCCGACUUGCCUCCUUCACUCGUCCCGUUCAUCCCAGGACGGCACGUCCAUCCCGGCCUGUCACCCCUGUUCAUCCCCGGGCCCCGCCUACUGCCCGACCCCUCACCCUGACGCCUCUUCAAUCAAUUAAUCCUCCCCGAACUACUUAUAUCCCUGGUUGUGGCCUCGGUCAAAGAUCAGUCAACGUACCUUACGCCAGCCCUGCCUUCAGAGAAGCUUCCCAAGCGGCCCGUCAAGCAUGUUCUGUGAAUGACUGCCUAAGCCGGGAUGCCCCUUCUUCUUCUCGGUGUAGGGUUCGGCUACCUUCCGAUAAUUCUGAUUCGGAUGACCAGCCGUUGGCUCAGAGACUUCGCCAUAGGGCCCCCGAUCCUAUACCAGACUCGGGCCCUUCCACUAUUCCUCCUCCGCCUCCUACUGCAACCACCACUUCUCCUUCGCCUCCUAUUGCAACCCCGACUCUUGUCCUGAGCCAAACAGAGGUUCCCCCUGCUCCAUCCGCGGUUUCGUUUGAGCCUCCGCCAGCUCAACCUUCCACAUCGCAGCAGCAUCAGAGCAGUGAAGCUGGCCCCUCGCAUCGCCCUUCACCAGCUACUUCACCGCCAGAACCUUCUCAGGUGCCUCCCUCAGUUCCUUCUGGGUCAGCUGCUAGGCCUUCUAGCUCCGUUGCUGGGCCUUUCCAACCACCACCAUCUGUUCCUCUCUAUUAUCGUACCACUACUCCUUUUGAAGCUGGGUUACAGUCUCGGCGAGAUGUUCCCACCAGCUCCUUGACAAUGAAAGAUCGCUUGACCACUUUGUGGGAAGAAAGUAUGCAUCAGAUGGAACUCUUGCCGCCCCUGCCCAGAUGGAUAGAUUCUCUGAGCUGUAUAUCAAGGUAA